ACAAUAUAUCUUAUAAAAUUCAAUUGUGUCCAUGAAAUCUUGUUUUUAUAUUCUGACAAUUAACCAUUGAAGCUCAACUAGCUAGAGAAACAAAAAUGUGGACUAGUUUUUUUCAGUUCUCUGAAGAAACUUCCUCAAUGUCACUACCCUUAGUAUUCACCAUUUUAGCUCUAUUUUUGUUCCUCUUUCUGCUGAAAAAAUGGUCUCUCCUUUUCAACAACAGGUCAGCACCACCGUCGCCGCGUAAGCUUCCGAUCAUAGGAAACCUCCACCAACUAGGAACCUAUCCUCAUCGCUCUCUUCGAGCCUUAGCUCAAACGCAUGGCCCGAUCAUGUUCAUUCACUUAGGUAGCGUACCGGUUCUUGUAAUCUCAUCGGCUACGCUGGCUCGUGAGAUUAUGAAAACCCACGACCUAGUGUUUGCUGACAGGCCUGGUACAAAAAUGGGUAAGAUGCUCCUGUAUGAUAAUAAAGACGUAGCUGCAGCGCCUUACGGAGAAUACUGGAGGCAAACGAAAAGUAUUUGCGUAUUGCAUUUACUAAGUAACCGAAGAGUACAAUCUUAUGCUCCAGUUAGAGAAGAAGAGACCGCUUUGAUGAUUGAAACUAUAACCAACUCUUGUUCGGAUUCCGCAGUUAAUUUAAGCGAAGCCAUUGUUGGGGUUACGAAUCAUGUAGUGAGUCGAGUUGCUUUGGGGAGAAAGUAUAGUCCGGUCGAAGCAGGGAGGAACUUUAAGGAGCUUUUAGGGGAGUUUUUGAGUUUAUUGGGAGGUUUUGAUGUUGGGGAUUUUGUUCCGUGGCUUGGUUGGGUUAAUCAUGUGACUGGGUUGUAUACUAAAGUAGAGAGAGUGGCUAAAGAGGUUGAUGAUUUCUUAGAGAAAGUGGUUGAAGAACAUAUAGCUAGCGGUGGUGUUAGAGAAGAUAAUAGUAAGGAUUUUGUGGAUGUUUUGCUUUGGAUUCAGAAGGAGAAUAUGGCUGGUUUUCCUAUUGAUAGAACUUGCAUCAAGGCCAUUAUCUUGGAUGUAUUUGCAGCAGGAACAGAGACUACGUACACAGUGGUUGAAUGGGCAAUGACAGAGCUCUUAAAACAUCCAGACAUCAUGACCAAAGUCCAAACCGAAUUAAGACAAAAUGCCACAAACAAAUCAUUCAUAACAGAAAAAGAUUCAAGUGAAAUGAAAUAUCUAAAAGCAGUGAUCAAAGAAACUCUCCGAUUGCAUCCUCCGAUACCGUUACUAGUGCCUCGAAUAUCAAUGAAAGCUGUCCAAUUACAGGGAUUUGAGAUCUCAGCAAGAACGCAAGUGAUCAUCAAUGCUUUUGCAAUUGGCAGAGACCCUGAAGUUUGGGACAGAGCUGAAGAAUUCUGGCCUGACAGAUUCUUGAAUAGUAGUAUUGAUUUUAAAGGACAAGAUUUUGAGUUGAUACCGUUUGGUUCAGGCAGGAGGAUUUGUCCUGGUGUUGAGUUUGCUAUGAAGACAGAUGAGCUUGUGUUAGCAAAUCUGUUAUACAAAUUUGAUUGGACAUUAUCUAAAGAAGAGGAUUCUGAAGUUGUUGAAUGCACUGGGCUCACCAUACACAGAAAAUUCCCACUCUUUGCUUUUGCAACUCCAUACAAUUCUUAACCAAUGUAAUGGUACUUCUUACCCAUCUUACAUUUUGUUUUAGUACGUUCGAAAUGUUUAAAACAAAAAUCGUGUGAAUGAUCACUUUUCAUAUUA